UUAAACAUUACAAUCAAAAUAACAAUCAUGAUUUUUUAAAUCAGUCUUUAUUCGGUACUUCUGAUUUUACUGAUAACCUUCUUUUUUUAUAUGAGACAAUUUUUCAAAAAUUUCUGAAUACAAAUAACAACAAUUGGGGAGUAGACGAUAUUUUAAAAGCGAUCUCAGAGGAAGUACCAAUCGGAUGUAAAAUAGCCUCAAUGCAAGCUGAAAUAGAAAGAUUAAGGAUGGCGAUUUUAGAAUAUCUGGGUGAAACUAUUAUUGCAACUAAGAACGAUCGAACUGUGCAACCACAGAAUGAAAGUUUAUGGGAGCUGUCAGACGAAUUGCUUGAUGCCUUUUCAUCAACUGAUCCCAAAACGCAUAAAUUAUUUGCAGGAACACAAGAAAUGAAUAUUUACAAAACUGAUAAGCAAGACACAAGAGGACGUCGAAAAAAAAAUGUUGUAGUACAUAAAUUAGUAGCUCCAUCACCACCAAAAAAUCAAGUUCAACAAUCGCAAAGUAAUCAGAUUAGAAGUGACAAUGCGAGACAGCAAUCUAAUGAAGAUAAUCAAUGUGUAAAGCGUCAACGUAGACAUACGACAAAUAGUGAAAAAGUGAUACUCGAAAGUAUACUUUCUUUUGAUUCUUUCCCUGAAGACAUAGCUAUCGAAACCUUAAGAGAGCUUCAGGAUUGUAGUAAUGAUUGGGAUAUGCAAC